GUGCUUAAUCCAACACUGCGCAAAAGAGACAGAGAACGCAAUGGAUGUAAAUGAAUUUCGUGAAUUCGCAAAGGCCACCAUCGACUACAUCGCCGACUACCAUGAGAAUAUUAGAGACAAGCAAGUCCUUCCGGACAUUAGUCCCGGAUAUAUAAAGGACAAAGUACCAUCGGAUCCACCCAAAGAGGGUGAACAUUGGGGGAACUUAUUGAAAGACGUGAACGACGUUAUCCUGCCUGGAUUAACGCACUGGCAGUCGCCGAAUUUCUACGCCUACUACCCCGCAUCCUAUUCAUUCCCAUCCGUCGUCGGAGACUUACUUAGCACCGGUCUCGGAUGUGUGGGACUCAAUUGGAUUACAGGACCCGCAAUCACCGAAUUAGAAGUGGUCAUGAUGGACUGGCUUGGAAAAAUGCUUGAUAUUCCACUUGCAUUUUUAAAUUGCUCCGAAGGACCUGGCGGUGGUAUAAUUAAAGGUACAGCAAGUGAAGCAACUUUGGUAUGUCUUUUGGCAGCCAAAGAUAAAACCGUAAGGCGUGUAAAAACACUGCGACCAGAUCUAUGUGAUUCAGAUAUCAAAGGUAAAUUAGUGGCAUAUAGUUCAGAUCAUUCUAAUUCUUCUAUUGAGAAGGCAGGAUUGAUUGGUUCAGUACCAAUGCGUCUGUUACUCAGUGAUGAUGAAGGAAGACUCAAUCCACAAUUUUUGAAAGAAGCUAUAGAACAAGACUUGAAACUAGGUUUAUUCCCGUGUUACGUAGUUGCUACCUUAGGUACAACAGGCACUUGUAGUUUCGAUAAUCUACAAGAAAUAGGACCAAUUUGCGAAGAAUUCAACGUGUGGUUACACGUGGAUGCGGCCUAUGCUGGAGCUGCAUUCGUUUGUCCUGAAUAUAGAUACUUAAAAAAUGGAUUAGAAUACGCAGAAUCAUUCAAUUUUAACGCUCAUAAAUUUAUGUUAAUAAACUUUGAUUGCUCUAUUUUAUGGGUGAAAAAUGCUUUCAAUCUCAUUAAUGCUUUCACAGUAGAAAGACCAUACCUUAAACACGAAUAUGAUUCUGCUCCUGAAUAUAUGCAUUGGCAAAUACCGCUAGGAAGAAGGUUCAGAGCUUUAAAACUAUGGUUCAUGAUACGAACGUAUGGUGUAGAAGGUAUCAGGAAAUAUAUUAGAAAGCAGACGGGAUUAAUAAAUUAUUUCUCUGAAAUUCUGAAAAAGGAUUCAAGGUUUGAAGUGUGCUGCAAAAAUUUAGCGCUGCUAUGUUUUAGAGUGAGGGGAGAUGACAACCUGACGAAAAUGCUUUUGAAUAAGCUUUACGAAAGGAAACAAAUUUACGUAAUCAGUUAUACUUACAAGAAGAACACGGUGAUAAGAUUUUCAAUAAAUAGCAAUGAAUGCUCUGAAGCGGAUUUGCACUUUGCAUACACCGAAAUAUCCAAUCAAGUCGACGAUAUAUUAAAUAAAAAUUUUAUUGUAAUCACAAAGGAGGUGAACUUCAAGAUUGAAUUUGAUAAAUCCAUGGAAUUGGAGAAUAUUCAUUAG